AUGCAUCACCCCACUCUGCUCGCCGCGGGUGCCGCCGUCCUUUCGGCUUUGCCUAGUGUCCAGGCAGGCAUGUACCCCAAGAGCUCUGCCGUCCUCCAGGUCGAUGCCAAAAACUACGACAGCUUGAUUGCAAAGUCCAACUACACCUCGAUUGUCGAGUUCUACGCCCCCUGGUGCGGUCACUGCCAGAACCUUAAGCCCGCCUACGAAAAGGCCGCCAAAAACCUCAAUGGACUGGCCAAGGUCGCCGCCGUCGACUGCGACGAGGAUGCCAACAAGCCCCUAUGCGGCCAGUUCGGGAUUCAGGGGUUCCCUACCCUCAAGAUCGUCAGACCAGGCAAGAAGCCCGGUAAGCCUGUUGUUGAGGAUUAUCAGGGCCCCCGGACCGCCACCGGCAUUGUCGAGGCCGUCGUCGACAAAAUCACAAACCACGUCAAGCGAGUCACCGACAAGGAUCUCGGCUCCUUCCUCGAGGGAGAAAAGCCAAAGGCCAUCCUGUUCACUGACAAGGGCACCACCAGCGCUCUUCUCCGUAGCGUCGCCAUCGACUUCCUCGACGCAGUUUCAAUCGGUCAGGUACGCAGCAAGGAGGCCAAAGCAGUUGAAAAGUUCGGUGUCAAGUCAUUCCCGACCCUGGUGCUCCUGCCAGGUGGUGACAAGGAGCCUAUCGUCUACGAUGGAGAGCUGAAGAAGGACGGUCUGGUUUCUUUCAUUUCCCAAGUCGCCUCGCCGAACCCGGACCCUGCGCCCAAGAGUGACAAGAAAAAGGCCGACAAGAGCAAGCCCGCGUCCGCCAAGUCGAGCACCAGUACCGCCGCAGCAGAGGAGGCUACCCCCGAGCCCGAGACACCCACCGAGAGCCCUUCUGCGGAGCAGGCCGCCCCCGCCAUCAACGUCUUUCCUCCUCUGCCUAUUGCCGACACCCCCGAAAAGCUCCAGGCAGAGUGCCUCAGCGCCAAGUCCCAUACCUGUGUGUUGGCCUUUGUGCCCUCCACGGAGACCGAAAAGGCCGAGAAGGCCCUUACCAGCCUGUCGGAGCUCGCCCACAAGUACGCCCAGAACCAGCGAAAGAUCUUCCCCUUCUACUCUGUCCCUAGCGACAAUACUGCUGCCACUACCGUUACAAAGAGCCUUGGUCUUGGCAGUGACAUUGAGAUCGUUGCCGUGAACGCCCGCCGCGGCUGGUGGAGACACUACGAGGGCGAGUUCGAUGUCGUGAGCGUCGAGAGCUGGAUUGAUGCUAUUCGUCUGGGCGAGGGUGCCAAGCAGAAGCUCCCCGAGGGGGUGGUAGUCGAGGAGGUCAACACCGAGCCUACAAAGGAAAGCACUGCCUCCACUGCUGCCACGGAGCCUACCCCUGAGCCCGAGACUGAGGCGCCCAAAGAGACACCGUCUGAGGCUCCCGCUCCUCACGAUGAGCUGUAA